AUGGAUUCCUCAAAGCCCGCACUCGAUCUGGAGAGGGAGUUGACGUGCUCUAUAUGCACCGAGCUGCUUUACCAGCCCCUGACUCUGCUCGACUGUCUACACACGUACUGCGGUGCCUGCUUGAAGGACUGGUUCUCUUUCCAAGCACAGCAGGCCGAGAACUCACCGACCCCGCCCGCACCAGGGACAAACAUCUUCACCUGCCCGUCAUGUCGUGCGCCGGUUCGCGAUACGAGGCACAAUGCCACCGUCGCCACUCUUCUCGACAUGUUUGUGGCUGCGAACCCGGAAAGGAGGAGAUCCGAAUCCGACGUGGCGGAAAUGGUGAAGAAGUACAAGCCGGGUGAUCAGGUGCUGCCCGAAGUCAAGAUUCCCGAGAGAACGCCGGAAGAGAGGCGCGCAGACGAGGAAGAGAGGAGGUUGCUGGAAGAUGUGCGGGAGAUGAGCCUCAGAGACGCUGGAGUAGACUCUUUCUCGGGACAUCGACAUCGACGGCGGAGAGAGGACAGUAGCUCUGCCGAUGGACGAACCAGGCGGAGCCGGGAUCACAGUCGGGAUAGUCGCCAUACCCAUAGACACGAGGGCAGUCGGAGACCGCGAGACGACGAAGGGAGGUCUACUGGGGACCAGCUGCAGCCGGACUCGAGGUCGGGCGAGCAAAGGAGACGGCGGAGGAGUGAGUCGAGACAGCGUGCCCAGGAGUCAUCUGACAUGAGGCGUCGGCAAAUCGAGCACCAGUCGUCACUCAGAUCACUCAUCAGCUCAAGCGAUUUGAGCGAGCGCGACGUUCAGAAGGAAAUCGAAGAUUUUGCUAGGCAGAUCCAGGAAGAGGGCUUGUUGGACGGGCUUGAUCUGGACAACAUCGACCUGAGCCGGAACGAUGAGCUGAGUCGAAAGAUUACGGAGGCCUACAGACGACGGCAACGGGAGCGAGAGCGCGCGAGGGCCGAGGGAACGAGGAGGAGGGAUACGAGUGGCCAAUCCAGGCACUCUCCAGAUCGCGUGCAGGAGAUCAGGUCAAGUGCAUCGGACACCAGCAGGCCCAGUAGCAGGCAACGGCCGCAUUCAAGGUCAACCAGUGCGACUGGUUUCCCCGAAGAUCGCAGCCGGCCGCCACUCUCACAGAGUGCCCUGCACCUCGAAGUUCGACCAGAGGAGAGGCGGCGACGGAGGCGAACCUCGAGCGGCGGUCGCAGCGCGACGACACCCCUUCCAGCAACGCAGUCCGAGACCCGUGUCACCACUCGGUCGCAGACCGAUCUGUCGUCACGAACACACUUUGGUGAAGCAGUCGCCCCGAGAACCGUCUUCACCGAGGCAAGAAGCUCGAGUACGCCAUCAGUACCUACCACGACGCAGUCGCCGACGACCACCACUUCGCCAGCACCGCGCGAGCUUACCUUUGCCAACCGCAUGACGAAUUCUUCUGCGUUGGUGUCUUCCAACUUUGCCGCGUCUCCGCCCAUCGAGCCGUUAUCGCCUAGGCUGCAGCGGCCAAACCGGCCGGCAGACUUGUCCAUCAUCAGCCAGGCAACUUCAGGUCCUGUCGGAUUGGGUUUGGGUUUGGGAAUCGGGAGUCCGACGACCCCUGGCCAUCAACGAACACGCUCGCAACUAUACCCCGAGCCCUCUAUUACGUGUUCCCGCUGCGCGAAGCAGCAUAUCGAAUACGACCUACACUACAACUGCGGCAUCUGCGCCAGCGGAAAUUGGAAUAUUUGCAUCGACUGUUACAGGUCGGGCAAAGGCUGCUUGCACUGGUUUGGCUUCGGGUACGGAGCGUGGGCCAAGUGGGAAAAGGCUCGACACACGGCACAUGAGGAUAUACCCAGACCACACAUGCUGACGGCGAAUCGUUACUUACAGCCCAAAAUCAUUCCGGGUGGAGCGGAAGGUAGGCGAACUCUCACGACCGACGAUCCGAUGAAGCGGCUGGAAAGCGGCAACUUCUGUGCUCGAUGCCAGGCCUGGGCGAACGAGUGCUUCUGGCGCUGCGACUUUUGCAACUUUGGCGACUGGGGGUUCUGCAAUAACUGCGUGAACCAGGGACGAUCAUGCACCCAUCCGCUUCUGCCUCUGACGUACCAGCCUCAGCCGUCACACACGCCGCCUGCCAGUCCCAGGUCGCCUCAACCGCCUCACGCGGCCGCUGUGCUGACGGGGCCUAACAUUCAUAACAUCGGCCCCUUCAAGCCCCUGACGUUCACGACGCGCUGCGACGUCUGUCAGGACCCUAUUUCUCCCAGCCACAGCCGAUAUCACUGCUUCACUUGCACCAGCUCCAUCGAGCCGGACACGCAACCCGGCGACUACGAUGUAUGCACAAAUUGUUACGCCAAUCUUGAAGCGCGCGAUCAAAUCAGUCCCGAGAACGGGCACGCGGGCUGGCGCCGGUGUCUCAACGGCCACCGCAUGAUCGUGGUCGGCUUCCGCGACGGGCCGGGCGGGCAGCUGCGGCACAUACUAUCCGACCUCGUGGGCGGUCGCAACCUCCGCAUCACGCAGUCGGAGGGCACCGACGACCAGGCCCCGCAGAAGUGGUGGUGGCACGAGGGCGGGCAGACGCGGGAGCGCUUUGUGACCAGGGACGUUGCGGCGGACGCACCCACGGGCGAGGGCCUCGCGCAGGGGUUCCCCGCGGACGGCGGAGUCGGUAUGAGGGCGACGGCGACGUGGGCGUGGUAUCCCAAGGCCGAAGACGAGCUGUUGUUCCCCAAGGGGGCCGAGAUCCGGGAGAUUGAGGACGUGAACGGGGACUGGUUUUUCGGGGUGUACAUGGGCGCGAAGGGAUUAUUCCCAUCGCCGUACGUGAGACGGCUUGAUGAUCAUGCAUGA